AUGGAUGUGGUCACUAGGUGGAAUUCCACAUAUGACAUGUUGGUGAGAGUCUUAAAAAUUAAAGAAGCUCUUAUUUCCACCUUGGCAAUAAUGCACCCGGACCUGAAUCUCCUUCUGGAGGACUGGAAAGUAAUAAAGGAGUCAACAAUACUCUUAAAGAUUUUUUAUGACGUAACAGUCGAAGUUAGUAGUGAAGAAUAUGUUUCUGCAUCUAAAUAUAUUGUUUACACUAAAAUUAUAAAUCAAGCACUAAACAAAUACAUAUUAGAAAAUAGUAUAGAAAAUAUUCAACGCCUUUACCAGUCACUGAAAUCACAUAUGAACCAAAGAUUUGGCGAGGUUGAGAAGAAUGUUCUUCUUUGUGAGGCUACUAUACUAGAUCCGAGAUUUAAAAAAAAACGGAUU